AUGAGCGACGUUGACGAAACCGCAAAACUAUGGAAAGUGAACAGAACGAUCCACGAACUCGUGAAGGACAGAGGCUUUCUGGUCUCAGACGAUGAAAUCCACAUGGACCUGCAACGCUUUCGCUCGUUGUAUGCCAACAACAGUGGCGUCGUUGACCGUAACCAGCUGAACUUUUAUACCACCUCUCGCACAAAUUCAACAGAUCAGAUAUUCGUAUUUUUUUCGGAGGAGAAAAGUGUGGGUGUUAAGACGAUGAGAAAACUUCUUGGGAUCCUUGAAGAAAAGUCAAUACAGCGGGGUAUCAUUGUCUUUCCAGGCAAUAUGACUCCUUCAGCGCGCAAGGUGAUCGUUGCAAUGGCACAACAAUACCGACUAGAGGAGUUUUCGGAGGCUGAUCUAUUAGUCAACAUCGUCCACCACACGUUGGUUCCGCGGCAUGAUGUUUUGAGCCCAGACGAGAAGAAAACCCUACUCGAAAAAUACCGACUGAAAGAAACCCAAUUACCCCGGAUUCAACUAGCGGAUCCAGUCGCACGAUACUAUGGGCUUCGUCGAGGACAAGUCGUCAAAAUCACUAGACCUAGUGAAACAAGCGGGCGGUAUGCCAGCUACCGAAUAUGCUUCUAGCGCCUCAUAUCGUUGUUUGGGAGCUCAUACUUCAUCUUUGCACCACAGUGAGAGGGGCGCCUUUUCUCCCUCGUUUUUGCUUUUCGCGCGCUUUGUGUAAUGUCUAAAUGAUUUCCAAUUGUAUGCAAGCAUUAAUGUCUG